UUUUAUUUUGAAAUGUGAGCGAGCACUGUUUUGUUUCCGCUCUCCAAACCCGGAAGUAAGCCAUUCCUGCGCCCGCUGACGGAACGCAUCUCUGCAUGUUGUUUUUUGACCAUCUGAAUGCUGAGUGUGCGGGCUCUUUUUGGCAUCGGCUUCCUGGUGACCUCGCGGACCUCAGCAGUCUUUGCUCAAGCGGGGAAAUGCGCGCUGUCUCCUUUAGUUAACAACCACCAGGACUGUUACAGUAGCAGACCAGCUUCCGCCAUGGCCCAGAGCAUCAAAUACCUCGGCCAGGAGGAAGCCCAGCACAUUGACGAGGAGUUAUUCAAUGAGUAUGGCUUCAGUGUGGACCAGCUGAUGGAGCUCGCCGGCCUCAGUUGUGCUACAGCCAUUACAAGGGCAUAUCCACUGAGCUGUUUGGUCAAGCCCAAACCCACAGUCCUGGUGAUAUGUGGACCGGGUAACAAUGGAGGUGAUGGCCUGGUCUGUGCCAGACAUCUUAAACUAUUUGGUUAUAAUCCUUCCAUCCUCUACCCAAAGAGGCCCAACAAACCACUCUUUCAGGGUCUGACCACCCAGUGCCAGAAAAUGGAGAUCCCCUUUCUUACAGAGAUGCCUGAGGCCCCAUUGAUUGAUGAGGCGUUCAACCUGGUGAUAGAUGCCAUCUUUGGCUUCAGCUUUAAGGGAGCUGUGCGAGAGCCUUUUGGUUCCAUCAUCGAUGUCCUGAAAAAGAUCACUGUCCCCAUUGCCAGCAUCGACAUCCCCUCAGGUUGGGAUGUGGAGCAGGGGAGUGUCGACGGAUUGCAGCCCGACACGCUCAUCUCUCUGACUGCUCCCAAAAACUCUGCUGUGCUUUUCAAGGGACGCCAUCACUUCCUGGGAGGCCGCUUCGUUCCGCCCGCCCUAGAGAAGAAGUACCAGCUCAAUCUUCCCCGCUACCCCGAAACUGAUUGCGUGUUAAAAUUGUAAGACGAAAGAUUUGCUGAGAGCUUUCGGUUGCUUCAGGGAUGGUUAUCUUUACAUCUUUGUUUUUGUUUUGUUUUCCCUGGUUCCCAUCAGCUAUGAAAUGGUUUGUGUGAUCCUCACAUGCUUUUUGACACUGGUUGCUUUAGCUAUUUGAAAAUAAAAUGCAAUUACAAAAAUUAAACGCAA